AUGUACAGAUUAAACAAGAUACUAGAUGCCGCGUUGGUGGCAUUGAUGACGUAUCAUCUUGUCAUCUCACCGUAUACAAAAGUAGAAGAGUCAUUUAACAUCCAAGCAGUACACGAUAUUCUUAACUAUGGUUUUUACUCAAGCGAGGAGUUGAUGAAUUACGAUCAUCAACAAUUUCCUGGAGUUGUGCCGCGUACUUUUGUGGGAAGUUUGGUUUUAGCAGCUAUUGCAAAGCCCAUAAUAGUUAUAAGUUCAAUUUUCGGUGUGAAUUUGCUACAGGGCAGCCAAUUGAGUUUGCAAAGUCUUGUUCGAGGUAUUUUAGGGUUGAUCAAUGUCCUAAUGUUGAUGCGUCUUCGCGAUAGCGUCAAUAGAAUAACGUAUCGUGAUAAAAAAAGCUUGAGAAAGGGGUUAAUUGGGUUUUGGUUUUCAGUUUUGCUACUUUGCCAGUUUCAUUUGGUUUACUAUGCAUCACGCACUUUACCCAACUUUAUGGCUUUACCAUUGGUUAAUUUCGCAUUGAGUAAGUUGAUUGUUGGCGACUUGUCUGGUUUGACGUGGCUCUCAUUUACAGGAAUUAUAUUUAGAUUAGAAGUUGGCGUGUUUGCGGCAAUCAUAGCUGUGGUUUCCUCGCUAGUUUUUGGGCAAUCAAACAUUUUCAUUAACGUAAUAUUCUUGGUGGCAGGCGCAGUGUUUGGCGGAUGUACAUCCUUUGUGGUUGAUUCUUAUUUCUGGGGGAGAUAUUUGCUACCUGAAUUGGAGUCGUUUGUUUUCAAUAUCGUGGAUGGUGAAUCAGUUAAAUGGGGCACAGAACCUUGGGGUGCAUAUUUUGGAAAAUACCUUUUCCAAUUAUUCAGACCACCGGUUAUAUUGUUGUUAGUAGUCCCGGGAUUUGUCAAUGACCCUGCAAAAGUGGAAAAUGAUAGCAAUCCAAACAAGAAGGAUAAUCUUUUGACCCACCCAGCAAGACAUUCUUUGCGCAUUUUAUUCAUAUCUUCUUUGUUGUUCAUCGCUGCUAUGUCCUUUCAACCUCACAAAGAAUGGAGAUUCAUCAUUUACACAGUGCCAAUAUUUACUUUACAAGCAGCCAAUGGAUUGAGCAAUAUAUCGAUGAAGUGGACCCUUGGUUGGUCAACAAAACUUUUAACCAUUAUUUUUACGUCUUUGACAAUCCUUAGCGCCCUAUUAUCUAUACAGAUGGGCUACAUAUCCAGUUUCAACUACCCUGGAGGAGAGGCUUUUACCUAUGUAAAUGAGAUUGUAAAACAACAACAACAACAACAACAACAGUUGAAUAGUUCACAGGACAUUUUUGUUCACCUCGACGUUUCUGCGUGCAUGACGGGGGUAACUAGAUUCGGGGAAUUACACUCUUUGAAUGUUCAUUACGACAAGACAGAAACAGAGGUAGACUUGAACAGUUUUGAUUUUGUUGUUACAAAUACAAAACUCAACAACAGUUGGACUCAAUUGCAUACAUCUAAAAUCUUUGAUAGGAUUAGCAUCGCGAUGUUUGUCAAAAUUUUGAGAGCUCAGAGAAGUGACAGCUCAACAAUACCAAGAAUGCUUCGGAUCUUUGUGGAAGAUUUUAUUAAUGGAUCAAAUGAGGCUUUGAAAGACUUGUGGCGCUCUACAGUGGUGCUAAAAGACUACAUCUAUGUAUACCGAAACACUCAACAAGAACAAGUAUAA